GCAGGGACUGCGCUGUCCCAACGCCCGCAGUAGGGUGGAAACCGGGUGGCCGCAGUUUGUCGUGGCCUUGGACGGUUUUUGAGGGCUCUCACUCGCCACCUUCCCUCCUUGGGUUCCCGCGAUGCUGAUGUACCAGGUAAAACCCUAUCACGGGGGCGACGUGGCUCUCUGUGUAGAGCUUCCGACCUGCAUGUACCGGCUCCCUAAAGUGCACGGCAGGAGCGGCGGCCCUGCGCCCAGCUCGGGCCCGGCGGCCCACCUGCAGGAAGAGUCUGACCCAUCUCUUCAAGCCCUUGAGUCCCGCCAAGACGAUAUCUUAAAACGCUUGUAUGAAUUGAAAGCUGCAGUUGAUGGUGUCUCCAAGAUGAUCCAAACACCAGAUGCGGACUUGGAUAUAACCAACAUAAUCCAGGCUAAGCCCACUGCCUUAAUGACCAAUAAACUGGAUUUAAAUUCAGUGCUUGGAACGGAUUACGGGGCACUGAAGGACAUCGUGAUCAAUGCAAAUCCGGCCGAGCCUCCGCUGUCCUUGCUAGUGCUGCACAGGCUGCUCUGUGACCAUUACAAGGUCCUGUCCUCCAUUCACACACACUCGUCCAUCAAGAGCGUGCCAGAAAAACUUCUCAGGUGCUUUGGAGAGCAGACUGAAAAACGGCCCCGUCAUGAGUAUCAGUUGGGGUUUACUUUAAUUUGGAAGAAUGUGCCAAAGACUCAAAUGAAGUUCAGCGUCCAAACGAUGUGUCCCAUUGAAGGAGAAGGGAACAUUGCCCGUUUCUUGUUCUCUUUGUUUGGCCAGAAGCACGAUGCUAUAAAUUUAACCCUCAUAGAUAGCUGGGUGGAUAUUGCUGUUUUUCAACUGAAAGAGGGGAGCAGCAAAGAAAAAGCCGUGGUUUUCCGCUCCAUGAAUGCUGCUCUCGGGCAGGGCCCCUGGCUCGUUGGCAGUGAACUCUCAGUAGCAGAUGUGGUGCUGUGGUCGGUGCUCCAGCAGGUCGGAGCCCCCAGUGCCGCAGUGCCAGCCAACGUGCAGAAGUGGGUGGAAUCCUGUGGAAACCUCGCCCCUUUUAACUCUGCCCUCAAGCUCCUUAAGUGAAUCUCAGUAACUGAUUUUAAAGAGUUUGGAUUUUAAGAAUGGUGCUUUUUCACACUUACUGAUAAGGGAUUUGUACUGAAAUCCAAGUGUUUUUAUUUAAGCCAGUUAAGUAUCAAUAAAAGCAUCAUGUAAUUUA